GCUGUAGCCUCCAAAGCUCUGAUGGAGCCAGAGGCCAAGUGGAACGGCAGCUCAGAGCAAGUGGAAUUCAGCAGGAUGUCCCCAAGAAGCCAGGGAUUCACUAAGCUGCCUGGCCAGAAGACCUGUGGGAAGAGUGUACUUCUCUUUAUCUUUGUGUUGCUGAUCUCCGUGGCCCUAUGGGGAGCACUCCUAUUCUUGUUCCUAACUCGGUUCAAAGAGAUAGCCCAGGACUUGGAGAAGCUUCAGGAAUCCUGUGUGUAUCACAAUGACUCUGGGAUUGUGACUAUCAUCAGGCGGCUACAGGUGGAUCAGUGGGACCUCAAAAACAAUGUCCCUCAGCUCUCCAAGGCCCUGAACAAACUCCAGGAAGACCAAACAACCCUGAAAUCUAAAGCUUCUCAGAUUUAUCAACAACUGGACAGACUUGAAGAAGAGAGAACAGCCUUCAAGUCCCAGGUGCUGAAUGAGAAGAACGCGGCUAUUCAGGCUCGGGGAAAACUGCAGGAAGAGAUCGAGAAGCUUUGGACUGAAUUCCAAAGGGCAAAUGGACGGACAGUUCUCCCCUCUUCCCCCUCCCCAAACUCCACUGCUUCUCAGCUCUCCCAAGGACUGGACAGGCUUGAAGAAGACCACACAGCCAUGCCAACCCAGGGCUCUAUCUGCACAAAUUGCCCAGAAAACUGGCAACUGUUCCAGAAAAAAUGCUACUUUUUUGGGAACGAGCCUAAGACAUGGUCCCAGGCAAAGUUUGCCUGCAUCAACCUCACGGGCCGGCUGGUCAGCAUCAAAAGCAAAGAGGAGCAGGCCUUCCUAACCCAGAAGGCCAACAAGAAGAGUUCCUGGAUUGGCCUCCGAGACCUGGACAUAGAAGGAGAGUUUUUAUGGGUGGAUGGGAGUCCCCUGAGCUACAGCAACUGGAGCCCAGGGGAGCCCAACAACCAGGGUCAGGGGGAGGACUGCGUGUUGAUGCGUGCCAACAAUGGCCGUUGGAAUGAUGCCUACUGCCGGGGGCAACAGGAUGGCUGGAUCUGUGAGAAGCUAGCAACGUGCUGACCACUGACCAUGACCCAAGGCCUACAACCUAAGGCUAGCACCCAGCUUUGGCCCUGACAUAGCAGGGUCAAAAGGUUUCUCAUUUCUCCUCAAGAAGGAACAGGAAGGAAUUCCCCUCCUAAUCCCAGACUUGAAACCUUAUGUCCCUGAUCCUGUAUCCUGUCCCAGCUUCUGGCCCUCCCAUUCUCUUGGCUCUUUGUCCUAUUCCAGGCCUUCCUACUCCUGCACUAGGACUCAAACCCCCAACCCCAGACUCUAGUCCCUUCCCUGAGCUGGGAAAGAAUGACAACCCCCCUCCUAGCACCCACUUUCCCUGAGGUUGAAGGAAAGGCCAGACCUCCAGUCCCAACCUUCCCUAAACUCUCGGCCUUCCAUCCCAAGAUGUCCAGAUAUUCACACUCUUACCUGCUUCCUCACCCACCAAAGACUCUUGGAUAGAGUUUCCAAGGCAUGCCAGGGAAGGCUGACUUUGUCCUGAUGCUUCCCUUCCUCCCACUCUGCCCCAGUGGGUCAAAGAAUGAGGUCAACUUCACACUCUUCUUCUCUCAAGGAAGAAUUGUGUUCACAGGCCAGGUCAACAGCAGCCCACCACUGACCUGAGAAGCUAGAGAUUUUUUCUCAGUUCUUCUGCAACCAGAAGCUUCCUGGGUUUCCCUCACGACCUCUGAUUCUGAUCUGACCAGGCUCAGACCUAGGUUCAAAAGCAGCCACCCCAUUUAUAGAUGGGAGCACUAAGGCUUCUAGCCCAGCCUAUGGCACACUAAGGGUCUAGGACUGCAAACCCACCUGAACCACAGCCAAAUCUAGCUCUUUGAUAAGCCACAUCCCAAGGUCCCCACCUGACCUCACCCCCACCCCACCAGACCUCAUUCCCCAAGUCUCACUUUUGCUCUCCAUCCCUCAGUUCCUCUCCUAGACACACAAGAGGCUGCAGGUUUUCUGGGGUUAUCAUCAAAUCCUGGUCCCUGGUGUCUUCAGGAGGCUUGAAAGAGCAAAUAUAUAUAGAGAGAAUAGUCAAUUAUCUGCCUCCCAUAGGAUUUGGAGAUGGAUAAGCCCUUACAGAUCAAUCAGUUGAAUCUCCUCAUCUUACAUUUGGGGAAAACGUGGCCCAGAGAGAAGUGAUUCACUCAGGAUCUACAGGUAGAAAUAAGUGGCAGGGCUGAGGUUGGAGCCCAGUUCUUCUGACUCCAGACCCAAGGCUUUCUCCCCAAAGCCUGUGCAGAUCCCUUUUGCACUAGUUUGGCCCAGGUCCUGUCAGUCUGUGACCUCCCUGCCCCAAAAAUGCAUAUGAUUCAGAAGCUCACAAGCCCUUUGGCCUGCUAGCCAGGGCAGCCUGCCAGGGUCCACCAGAGCCUUGCUGUACAAGUCUCUCUCCUCUGACCCUCAGUUUCCUCUUGUAUAAAAAUGAGGUUGGCCAGAAGGCUCUCAAAGGCCCCUUCUGGUUCCAAAUCUUGUAAUGCAGCGCUCUGUAUGGGACCUUCCCAUCAUGACAGUGCAGGUAGAGUCUGGCCUAACUCACUAACAAACUGCUGCCCUUGUCCCUCCCUCAUCACUUAAAGAAUUAGUGACAGCUUCUCUGGGAACUCUUCCAGGACUGAUCACAGAAGAGCUGCUUGGCCCUCCCCUGGCCCCCCUGGCCAAACCUUGAACUCUCGUGACUACUUUCCCAGGCUUGUUUUUGCCCAGAUGAAGUGCUGACCCUUUCUCCUCCCAGCCCCAGAAUGUAGCACAUUCCCAGUACAAACUAGUCUCAUUUCUGCAUCUAUUGACAACAAAAGCCUCCUGUUGUUUUAUCCUGAAAUCUCCUCAGCUCAAUGAUUCAACAAACGUUCAUCAAGGACA